AUGUAUCCCAAAGAAAAAAACCAAUCUGUUCUAAACUCUAUGAAAGCUGUUCUUCGUCCUGUCUCUGGUCCAAUGGAGAAACUAGCAGUAAUCAAACGAGAGCAUGCUCAUGCCACAUCCGUACCAACAAAUGGAUACUGGGAAGGUCCAAGAGCAAAACCAUACGGAAAUAUGGGGAUGGGUAUUUGCGAAGGGAAAGACAAUUGUGACUAUUGGGAUCAUUAUUACCAACAGCACAACAGCCAUAUCUUGGGAAUGUUUAUCACCUGGGGUUUCAUUGCAUCAAUCGUUGUUGUGGCAGGUGUAAUCAAUAUUUCAGGCCGUCAUCGCAAGAAACUAUCUCAGAAAGAUGAAGAAGGAAAGAAAACUGCUUCCGGUGGACGAAGUAUCCACGGCGUACUUUCUGCAUUCUUCAGAAACAAUGAUGGUGGUACUCCUAACACUCGGAGAUCGUACGGGAUGUCUUGCUUUUGCCACUUCAACUUCCUACAUCGGUGGAUUGGGAGGUUCAUUUUCAUCAUGACUUGGGUACACACGGUCCUGUGGUCAAUCGAGCUGGGCAUUAUGUACCAACCACAGCCGACCAAGUAUAAGACAACCUGGGCGAAGCGGUACUGGAAGUACGGAGUUGGAGCUACUGCGUUGUUGACAUUCUUGUUUUUGCAUUCGUUUAGAACGGUGCAAAAGUGGACGGGAUAUGAGUUCUUCAGGAAGAGCCAUGAGGUUGUGGCGGUUUUGUUCCUGGGAGCUUGUUGGGGCCAUUGGCCAGAUAUGAAAGAAUGGAUUAUUGCCGGUAUCGCCAUCGUGUUCUUUGAUAGAUGUGUUAGAUACGUUCGAAUGUUUUUAAUUCACAUGAACUGGACAUCUGGCACAAGCGGCGCAUUUGGUCUACAUGCAUUUGAUGGAACUAUCUCCCGCCACCACGAUACUGAUGGAAUCGACGUUCUCGUCCUCCGUGUAAAAAGCAACAUCACUUGGAAAGCGGGCCAACAUUUUUUCCUCACUUUUCCCACCCUUAGCUUUCUCGAAUCCCACCCAUUCACUACAUCCAAUACCCCCACACCAGGUGCAAAGACCCAAGACCAACUCUACAUCAUCCGUGUGCUCAAGGGCCAAACUAAACGUCUUGCGGAUCUCUGCAUCGAGCCAGAUACAGAGUACCCUCUGCCGACGAUUGUCUGUGGUCCUUAUGGCACAUCGGUCAUUGAUCAAAGUGCAUCAAACUAUCAACUCAUUGCAGGAGGGACCGGAGCAUCAUUUACUCUGCCCCUAGCCCAGACAAUCAUUGCCUCUACAUCUGCAUCGGAUGAGAAGCGUAUCAUUGACUUUGUCUGGAUUCUGCGCCGUGCCGAGAACUUGAGGUGGCUCCAGAAUGAGCUCCUAGAGCUUCGAAGGCAAGCUACAGAGACCCCUGGUGUUGAUCUCCAUAUUCGAGUAUUUGUCACUCGCGACGGGGAAGUCCCCUCCGCAUCCUCCACUUCACCUGCUCCCUCAACCCCCACUGCUUCCAAAGAGGACCACCACCCCAGCUGUAAGGACAUUGUCAUGGCCUUCCGUGACGAGUGUGUGGGCAAGAUCCAGGUGCUGGCCUCAGGACCGGCAGGACUUGGAAGAGAUCUUGGAGAAGCUGUUGCGGGAUGCAAUGAUAGUUGUAAGUUCUAG